CUCGCGACCCUCAGCUCAGAAGAGCUUUUUGUAGAAGUUUUGAGGUGCAUUUUCACUGAUUAAAAAAUGACUACUCUUGAAAGUUUAGAAGCCAAAGUCACCCUUACUCCAGCCCCAGUCCGAGGAGCAGGAGAUGGCAUGGAAACUGAGGAGCCGCCUAAGUCUGUUGAAGUGACCUCUGGAGUCCCGCCCCUAAGGCAUCACAUCCUUCAGAAUCCACGGAAGAAAGCAGUUCCAGGCGAGAGCCCAGGAGUCCUUCAGCUCGGGAAGAUUCUCACUGAAAAAGCAGUGGAAGUUGAAGCCAUAAGAAUAUUAGUUCCCAAAGCUGCUAUAACCCAUGACAUCCCCAGCAAGAAUGCAAAGGUGAAGUCUCGGGGACAUCAUAGGGGAGAGCUCCUUGGUCAGUCAGAGGGAACUGUAGAACCCAGAAAGGAACUAUCGGAGGUUAAGAAUCUACUGGAGAAGCUCAAGAACUCUGAAAGGAGGUUACUGCAGGACAAAGAGGGUCUUUCAAACCAGCUCAGAGUACAGACAGAGGUCAAUCGAGAGUUAAAGAAGUUGCUAGUGGCUUCCGUUGGAGACGAUCUUCAGUACCAUUUUGAACGUCUAGCCCGUGAGAAAAAUCAGCUUAUUUUAGAAAAUGAAGCCCUAGGUCAAAACACAGCUCAACUUUCUGAACAGCUGGAACGUAUGUCAAUACAGUGUGACGUAUGGCGGAGUAAAUUCCUUGCAAGCAGGGUGAUGGCAGAUGAGUUAACCAAUUCCAGAGCAGGUUUGCAGCGUCAAAAUCGCGAUGCCCAGAGUGCUAUUCAAGAUCUCCUGAGCGAGCGGGAGCAGUUUCGUCAGGAAAUGAUAGCUACCCAGAAAUUAUUGGAGGAGCUCCUGGUGUCCUUGCAGUGGGGAAGAGAGCAAACUUACUAUCCUAGUACACAGCCUUACACCACAGCAGAACUAGCAUUAACAAAUCACAAGUUGGCAAAAGCAGUAAAUGCUCAUCUUCUGGGAAAUGUUGGCACUAACAGUCAAAAAAAGAUACCAUCAACGGUUGAAUUCUGCAGCACCCCAGCAGAAAAAAUGGCUGAAACGGUUCUACGCAUUUUGGAUCCAGUUACCUGUACGGAAAGCUCACCUGAUAAUCCUUUUUCUGAGUCUUCACCAACUGCCUUACUUGCUACAAAGAAAAAUAUUGGACGAUUUCAUCCCUAUACUAGAUAUGAAAAUAUAACUUUCAAUUGCUGCCAUCACUGCCAGGGAGAACUUAUUGUCCUUUAAUACAACAAGACAGCACUCGCUUCUUACCCAAGAGUCAUUAUUAUUUGGGAGCUGGAGUCUUACAGUGAUGUCACUUUCUAUCUCAGUACUGUAUAUCCCCAGCGAUGUUUCAUGUACUGGACCACAGAUUACCCUUUCUUAAUAAAUACCUCAGGGUAAGAAAAGAGUGAAA